CUGUUUCAUUAACGCUCUCUCAAAUGGCGGUGCUGCUUCCUCCAUUGUGGCCUAGAUACUGAAGCCGAAAUUGUGCUUGAUCUUCGACAGUUCAGGAAAAUCUCGAAAUCACGGUUCGGUUUGUGGAUAUUUUGAGUACAUUGUUGAGCCAGAUUUCGAGAGAAGAAUCGUCUCGAUUUCGUUCGUUGAAAAUCUGUACAUGACUAGGUCUUCAAGCCGGAAUUAGGAAUUUGAGAUGGAUCUGGAAAUCAGAAGAUUCGAUUCCGUCGGGCUCUCCAAAUCGUUUCCGAUAUCUGCAAACCCUAAUUUUUCCGUCGAAGAGACACCUGAAAAGUACGGCCAUCUCCAAAUCAUCAGCGAGUCCACAAAAGAACCUGUUGUUACUAAGAAGAAACCAGGACUAGUAGAAUUAGUAUUGCGAGACGACAAACAGCAGCUCGUCGCGGAGUCAAAGCUUAUUGACUUAACAAUCGACCAGAGCAUUGUGCCAAAGCUGCUUGUUCUCUGCUGCGCUUUCGACUCCGUGGAGUGUGCCGCGUCAAUCCUCCACGGCGAGCUAGGAGAGGUACCGUUACUGAACUCGACAGACGAGCAAGGCAAGUCGCCCCUGCACGCUGCCGCAGAGCAGCACUCAGCGCGGUGCGUGGAGCUUCUGCUCCGAAAGCGCGCCCGUACUGACCUCAGGACCAAAGAUGGACGCGCACAGCUCCCUCUGGAGCUGUCCUUGUCUAGCUGGAGGAUGGAGGUGAUUUGGAAUCCGGACGAACACUCCAUUGAAGACUUGAUCGUUGUGCUUGGACAAAAGGAUAUGACGGCGAUAAAGCUUCUAACUGCGAAAACAAAAGCAAUUGAUGACGUGGCGUAUGCGUGCGCCAUGGGUGGCCGAAUAGUAGCUUUAGCUGCUCUCUUGAUGGUAGCGGCGAAGGAAGUCAAUGAGUCCAUUUUAGUGUUACACGAUGCCGAGUCGGGUUCGAAAGAGGAGACCACUGUUUACGAGUGCGUGAUCAGGGAGGCCUUGGCCUUGGGCUGCACAGCAACGUCGUCUUCGGUAUCAUCUCUCAAACGGAACUGUGGCCGGACCAAGUACGAGACUGCCGAGAAGAGGAAGGUUUUACUCUGUGAGAUGGAGUUGCUUCAGCUGUUCGGCGCUGUUGCCCGUGGCGGGUUAACUGACAAGAGAGUCGCGUCAUCGUUAAUCCUUGCAGUCCAGGCCGGAGAUGGGGAUAUCGUGGAGCUGCUUCUGAAGACGAGUAUAGAUAUUAAUGAUGCUGAUGCUGAAGGAAACUCCGCUCUUCACUGGUGUCUUAAGUCAUCGAAGGCAUCAUGCUCGCCACAGAAAAGAAACCUAUGGCUCCUUCUGAAGCAUGGUGCUCGUGUGAGCCAGAAAAACAAACUGGGCUUAACUGCACUUCACAUUGCUGCUGAAAAUGGCAAUACAGAGGCACUUCAGAUCCUUCUGUUGGAAGAGCCAGAUUGUAUCAACUAUAAAUCAGAAAUGAAAGAAACCCCACUUUUUUAUGCAGUAAAGAAUGACCAUCUAGUUUGCACUGAGCUUCUUCUACUAUGGGGAGCAGAGCGUGAGGUCUUCAAUCUGCGUAGACAGAGACCAAUAGACCUGGCAGUCUCUCAAGACAUGCGAUUCAUCCUAAGCCCAGCAAAUAUUAGACACAUGAAUCGUGUUUUCCCUGUUCAAAAGAAUUGUAAUGCUUUGCUAGCGAGUGAUGAAGUUAUUUCAGAGAGUUGUGAAAAGCUCAUAUCCACAGUUGUCAAAGGCACGACUGUUGAUAGUGGAUGUAUCAGAGGGGAUAAAUGCGUUUUUGCCCAUUGUGAAGAGGAGCUUCAGCAAACAAUGCAAGGAGAACAUCUGAUUCAUGCUUCUGCAAUGAAACAACAAAGAAAAAUUUUUGUGGGAGGCCUCCCUCCGUCACUGGAUUCUGACUCACUGGGCAAGCUUUUUGAAGAAAGUUUUGGGUCAGUGGAAGAUGCUGUAGUUAUGGAAGAUGAAACCGGAAAACAGUCUCGAGGAUUUGGCUUCAUCACCUUUAAACAUGAGAAAUCUGUUUCAGCUGCCGUUGAUUCACACUAUGUUACCAUUGGGGGCAAGCAAGUUGAGAUCAAAAGCGCCAUCCCAAAAUGCCUAUUAUGCCCCGAGUUGCAGAAGCGAUCACCUGGACAAUCAGCUCGACAACUGGAACAAGAACAAAAUGAACAGUAUGAAUCACAUAUACAAACUCCUACUGAGAAGACUGCAACUGAUAUGCCCAACAAGAAGACUACAAAUGAAGGUGCAUCUGAGCGAUUGUCUUGGGUUGAUACGUUACUCAAUAUUGAUCCAAAGACAUGCUCAAAUGAAUUCGAAACGCACUUUAGCCGCAGCUCAGUAGAUAAAAGCAUCCCUAUAUGGUUGAGAACUUUCAAGAAGUGGCUUCCUCUCUUUCUAGAGAAGGUAUCAAAAAGGGAAGGAGAAUAUGCUCUCUCAUCUGUAAAGGCUGAUUUCAAGGCUGAGUGUGGGCUAGAACUAGAUCAUGCUUCUCUUGGCUACUCGAAGCUUAGUGAUUUUAUGAGAUCCUUGUCCGACCUUUGCCAUGUGAAAUAUGUAGACACAGGAAAGCGUGGACCUUCGAAUCACAUGAUACUUGAGCCUAAGCAUCCUACCAUACAUCGGCAACCGCUCGCAAAUUGCAGCCCACCUUCCCGUACUAUGUUGAUUGAUGACAAUGAAGAUUGCAAGUCUUCUAAUUCCAAAAGUCCUCAGGACCAUGUAUUAAUAUGUGAUGAAAAUGUUGAAUUCAUUGGUAGCAGCAUCAAAGAGAAUCUCCAUCUUGAGGUCCUUAAAGAGAAAUCAGUUCAGAAGGAUGCAUCACCCAGUGUGCCCUCUGGGUUUCUGCAAUUCUUGAAACCAGAUACCGUCUUUCCUGCUAACAAGUGGCUGCAUAACAAAGAGGCAAAUCUUGAUCAUCAUUAUAGUCACGUGAUUCUCGAGGCUCUUGCCAGAAGAAGAAACAAGUCAUCUUUCUUCACUCGUGAAUUUGAUUUCUAUAAAUGCUACAAGGAAAACGUUGUGCAGGGAAAGUGCUUUGGAUGCAACCAGCGGAAGAUUUUGUGGGCCAACUUUCCAUGCCAACACUUGCUAUGGUGUGCUGAUUGUAAAUUACAAGUAACAAGCUUAUCUGGCCAUUAUGAGCACAAAUGUGUGAUCUGUGAUAAGAAAGUAGAUAAAAUCGAUAUAGUCCCACUGUACACAUAUCAUCAGCCUAUCUGCCAUAUCUCCAGUGAUGAGUUUCCGCCUCUUGAUUCUGAUCAUUCACGAAGGAAGAAACAACCAGUAAGAUGGGUGGAUCUCCCUUCAGUCUUAAGUUUCUGUGCAACCAGAAGCUAAAAGUUGCAGGAUAAGAAGGAAUAAUAAUGUGUAUAUUGUGCAGCACAUACAAAGUAGAAGAGAUUGAAAGAGGAAAGAAGGAAUGGAUGGUGGCUGGGCGAAGCAGUUAUUCUGAUGGGGCACCACUGUGAUUGUAGAAACACCAACAAAAAAUUCAUACUCAAAAACUUUUGUUGUGCGAAAAUUAGAUGAAUGCCUGAGGUACCUUUCUACCAUUUUAUCACUUUUUUUUCUACGCGUGACAUUCUGAUUUUCCAGUCAAAGGAAUAUACAUGUGUUGAUAGACUGCGCUUAGCCAUACUGCAAGCUGGAAUUUUUGUUUCCCUUAGUUACAGAGACACUACAAUGGGAAUGAGAAACCCAUUUCGUUGC